AUCAUCAAAAACAUUUUCUCCACUUCCAGUGACCGUGCAUGCGCAGCCAUGGCGAUCUUCACAACCAGGCGCACUCUAGCCUCACUCAUCAGUCGCGCUCUUUCUUCACCAUCACCAUCACCAUCACCAUCUGCUUCUUCUCGUUCUCGCUUUGCCUUCGCAUUGCUCAACAGACAGACCCAACUCGUCCCUGACUCGGUCACGAUUCAGACCCGUUCCAAGACGUCCGGGUCGGGCUAUUCGCCCCUAAACGACCCGUCGCCGAACUGGAGCAACCGGCCACCGAAGGAGACGAUCCUCCUCGACGGCUGUGACUACGAGCACUGGCUCAUUGUCAUGGAGUUUACCUCCGAACGGAAACCCUCCGAAGACGAAAUGAUUGCUUCGUAUGUCAAAACCCUAGCCUCUGUGGUUGGAAGUGAAGAGGAGGCCAAGAAGAAGAUUUAUUCUGUUUGUACAACGACUUAUACUGGAUUUGGUGCUUUGAUUUCUGAAGAGCUUUCCUACAAAAUUAAAGCCCUUCCAGGUGUUCUGUGGGUUUUACCUGAUUCUUAUCUUGAUGUGCCUAACCAAGAUUAUGGAGGGGAUCUGUUUAUCGAUGGGAAAGUCAUCCAUAGGCCUCAGUAUAGGUAUGAUGACAGGCAACAACAAAGGAACAGGCCUCGUCCACGUUAUGAUAGACGCCGGGAGACGAUGCAGGUUGAAAGGAGAGAGCCAAUUCGAAGAGAACCUGUGCAGCAACCAACAUCAGUGCAUGGCCAGAAUAUGCCUGAGAGUGGCGGUGGAGGUCCCUCUCUGAAUUAGGGAGGAUUUCGCAGGACCAAUUAUUGAACAUUUGUUAGUAUCCUGCCAAAUUUUAGACCGUAAAUGAUCAAAUUAUGCUUUUAGCUGUUGCAUUUUGUCAUAUGAUGGAUAACACCGAUGGUUUGAUUUAGUAAUAAAACUUUGGGCGUGGUAGAUACUUAAAAGUUUUAUUGGCUAGAUGAUCAUAAUUCAUGACUGCCUUCGGACCAGGCAGUGAAUAGAAUCGGAAGUUGUUUUCAUUGUAAAUUAUUUUUUCCUUUUGAAAUCUUCGAACCAGGCAGUGAAUAGACAUGAUUCAUGAUUUUCCGUUUCUGGUGCGUUUUUUUUUAAACUUUACACAAGAACUACGUAUUGUCGUUAUGGAAUUAAUAGAACAGCACAUUUUGCA